AUGGCUGCCUUACUGCCCUUCAUCCAGGAUCUCCUUCCCAUGAUAUUACCCUCCGAAGUACACAUAACUCGCGGGAGAGAUCUCGCCUCGGGGAUCCCACCACCAGCGAGCCACAGGGCAAAGGCUGCUGCCCCCAGCAAGAAGGACAAGUCUCCUGACGCGAGUCAAACAGCCCCAACCACGAAAGAGACGCGACUUGCGAAGGGGGUGGUUGAAAAUGGGCCCAUAGAGCUCACCGGAGUCAGCGAGAGCGACGAGGCAUCUUCAGCGGGAGAAAACGCGCAACCGGACAAUGACUCUCCAGACGGAGCGUCGCGCAACAAAAGCCCCCCGCCGCGACCGCGAGGAAGAGGCGGGGUCGUCGUGCGCAACGCCAUAGUGAACAAGACUGACAAGAUGUGCGCUUCAGUCAUGUUUGCCGGGCCUCAUUCCGAUUCCGCUGUUCACCAUAACAGCGAGCAUGAUACCAUCAUCUAUGCAGCUUCGGGUAGAGGCUUACUCGCCACAAGCCCUCCUGAGAACUACAGCGACGACGAGGAGCAACCGCCAAGGCAGCAGGAGCUUGAGCCGGGCGACUUUGCAUUCGUCCCAGCUUGGACGGAGCAUCAACUGAUCAACAAGACGGACGAACAAGUCGUCUGGAUCGUAAUACAGGGCGGGCCUGCCCCGAUAGUUGUGCCCCUGACUGGUUGGGGUGGCGCCGAGGCUGAAGCAUGA